AUGGCUAUCACGCCUUCGAAGCCAAUCUUCUGCGCGACCCACCCCAGGGCUUGCUCUACGGCCUUUGAGCGGGUUUUCAUGACCCGCCGGGACAAGCUGGCAUGCAUCCAUGAGCCCUUUGGCGACGCAUUCUACUAUGGCCCCGAGCGAGUCGGCGAGCGCUUUGAGGACGACGCCGAGGGACGGGAGAAGUCUGGCUUCUCCCAGACAACCUACGCUGAUGUUUUGAAGCAGAUCGAGGAGGCCGGCAAAGAUAAGCGCAUCUUCAUUAAGGACAUUGCGCACUACCUCCUGCCUCCCAACCAGCAAAAGGCCUCCAUCGCCCCCUCGACCGGCACCACCGCUGAGCCCGGUAACCCUACGGUCCUGCCCCUCGACGUCCUCCGCAAGUUCCAGUGGACGUUCCUCAUCCGCCACCCGCGCCGCUCCAUCCCCUCGUACUACCGCUGCACCGUCCCGCCUCUGGACGAGGUGACGGGCUUCAGCAACUUCUCCCCCAGCGAGGCCGGUUACGACGAGCUGCGCCGCCUCUUCGACUUCCUCGUCCGUGAGCGUGUCGUUGACGAAAGGGACCUCAUGGUUAUCGACGCCGACGACCUGCUCGAUGACCCCGAGGGCGUUAUCAAGGCCUACUGUGCCCACGUCGGCCUCGACUUCACCGACAGCAUGCUCAACUGGAGUGAAGAGGACACCAAGUUCGCCCAGGACAAGUUUGCCAAGUGGAACGGUUUCCACAACGACGCGCUGUGCAGCACCUCGCUGAAGCCGCGCGACCAAGCGCAUAAAAAGGCCAUCACCCGCGAGUCCGAAGAGGCCGAAUGGUUGAGCAAGUACGGCGAGAAGGGUCUCAAGGAGAUCCGCAACUGCGUCGACGCUAACCUCGAGGACUACGAGUACCUCAAGAAGUUCGCCAUCAGGGUUUAG